AUGCCUUUCAAGUGGGAUCCUGCAGCUGAACGGAAUCUCCUCCUGUUUGCUAUCGGCGAGAUGGCGGGACCUCCAUCCACUAUCUGGCCUGCCGUUGCUGAGAAGAUUGGAGGCGGGCUUAACGCAAAUGCUUGCAGUCAAAAAUUCUACAAGCUAAAGAAGGAGGCGGACAAGCUUCUUACCGACAAUGAUACACCGGCACCGGAUACCCCUGCAAAGUCAACCAAGAGCAGCAACAAGAAAGCCACAGGCUCUGAAAGCAAGCGAAAGAGGAACGCAGCACAGGACGAAGAGACCCCAACAAAGAGAUCGAAGAAAACUGCGGUUCAACGAAUUGAGGUGAAGGAAGAAAGUGAGGCAAAGUUCAAAACCGAGGCCUCCGACCAAGGAGAUGAGUCUGGCCGCCCUGGCGAGUGA